AACAUUCUUCAUCACGGAGAAAUUUAAACCAUACCGCUUCAAUUUGGACUGGACAACUCAAAAUUCAGGAAAUGGUCAUUAAGUUGUGAUUUUAAAUUCCUGGAUUUAUUUUUGAGAAUAUAUUGUUUUAGGGAAAUGAAUGUGAUUCAUUAAGAACGUUGGUAAAAGCGAGUUACUCCAACCAUGGAGCAGAGGCUCGAGCGGAUAUUGUACGUUGUCGUGGUCGUCAUGGCAACCGUCACGCUCUGUGACAAGAGUGUGUUCGAUUGGGUUCCAGGUGACAAUUACGGUAAAAUAAACGGAUUGAUGACCACCAUACAGAAAGCCUCGGACUGUAAAGCCAAGACACAGCAGGCCAUGACCCUCCCUAAAGCCUCGGUGUCCCAGAUACCCCGCGCCAACCAACUACUGAACAAAAUCUGGUACAAAAAUAGGACUGCUCUUGUUCAUAUGCACAACAUGGCGUUAAACAGGGCUUUCUUCUAUAGUUAUAUAUUUCAGAAACUGAAUAAAUCUCAGACAGAUUUUGAGUAUCAGCCGGGUUGGUUUUACAAUUAUGUCUCUGUGACAGCCGACACUAAUGCCAACAAGGGGAUAUUCAAUGCUUCAGCUUUAAUGUUUGACAAUCAUACCUAUUAUCCAAACUGGAUGACAAACUUUGACUUCAAUAAAACCCUCCCGUUGUUUGGUGUUCGCUCGUUUAGAUUUGACGACACGUUCGACAUGGGAGUCAUUCUUCGUGAGCCGACAGGAAGAACUACAUUGGUGCAAGACAUUGGUGCUAUUGGUAAUUAUUCACACAAGGGCUACAAAAUGGCGCCCUGGUUUAACUUCUGGCUGCCAGAUAAUGACCCCUCAAUGGAUUCUGUUCAAAAAUUCACGUACUCAGUUAAUGUGAAAUAUGCCAACGGUACUGGUCGUUGGUUACAUGACGAGUUCCAAGCUACGCCAUUUUUUGGUCCUAACUCCCCUGGUAUUGGAGAUACAGACGAUAAGUACAUGCCUGUCCGUUUUACCGAUACGUACUACGAUUGCAAGAUGUCCAACAAGUGGAUUGUGAGCGCAGUGUCUCCCAUCGUAGACUUUAUGCCGAGAUAUUCCAACUGGACUCACUUAAGGAGACCAAGAUUUGUGGGCGUGGCAGUUAUAGACAUCGACUUUUUGAAGAUAGACUUUAAUGCUUGUCCAGUCAGUAUUGGAAACCCAGGUCCAAGUUUCUUGUCCGGAGUCAGCAAAUGCAAAACCAAAACAACACAGUGUAAGCAUGUGUCUGGUAAGGGCUUUAAACGAGGAGGAUACACCUGUAUCUGUAACUCAGGCCACAGCUAUCCUCCCAGGGUAGGACCGCCAUGGAAAGGGGGUGAUAUUGAGAAGGCCACAGAGUUCGAAAAGACCGUGGGAUACAAGUGUCGCCCAACUGGAUAUCUCCGCGUGCUUCCCGUUGUUGACACAAGUGCUAUUAACGUCAACGUUGAAGGAGAUUCCGGAUCCGAUAUAUUCCUGACGGAUCGUUUCUCCGGACGCCAGCUCAAGUCCGUUAACGCUAGCCGUGUCUAUGGACCAGUCCGGAGAGAAGCAGUAAAAAGAACCAACCAGCCACACACUGUAAAACGGGAAGCUGCCAGGAAAGAUUACAUUGACCAGAAAUUCAGCACGAGAGAAGAACCCCUGAAGAAGAAAAAGAAGAAGAGGAGGAGGCGAGAAGCUCAAUUUGACCAAAUGAAUUUUGAUAGAAUGCAGAGUAUUUUCACAACAAUAAAGAAAAUAAACAGAGAAAACUGCAAAACUUUCUCCAAUCGCGCUAUGCUACUUCCCGGGGAUGUAGGAUACGGGGCGGACACCCAGUUCGACACCCAGGCCCGUUUUGCUCUAAGAAUUUCUCACCUCCUCAGUAAUUGGUACCAGAACGUCAUUCCUGGUGAAAACUUUGGUUAUUUGAAAGGAGGCAACCGGAUUCACCACGAACUGUUGUUUGGUGAAGUGCUAGCUAACGUGAUGGGGGACCACAAGGUGCUCUCCAGCGGGAUUUACUUCGAGCCCCACGUGUUCGAGGACUGGGACGGAAAGACAAGGGAGUUCUUUGGUCCUUUUGCUUGGACUCGAGACAAAAGUGUGUACGCCAUCGACACGGCAGGAUUUAAGACCAGGUAUACUGAUGAAGACUGGUAUGUUAGAAUCCGACAGCGCUGGCAGACUAAUACAGGAGGAGUUCUGAAGUAUAGGAUGAAAGCAAAGGUGCGAUCUGACAUUAACGGUACAAGCUCUGUGAACUUUGAGUACUAUCCAAUGGGGUACUUUGCCCCAAGUGUCACGCAUGGAAUCUGGACACAACCUUACUUCCGGUGUGACGGUCGUGUGGAUGCCUGGAUUAUGACGUAUGCUGUUCCUAUCAUUGGUAGGGAUCGUCUCAGGACCAAACUGCAAUUUAAAGGAGUGGUAACCGUUGAUGUGCCAUUACAAGAACUAGAGAUUAACCAAUGUUAUCAAGGAUUCAGCAUCCAAAACGCCUUUAAAAACACCGCUAGGUGUCACUACCCGUCCCAAACAUGUUCCCCGAUAGCAGGCUACAAGUUCUCUCGGGGCGCCUAUAAGUGCGCGUGUCGUCAAGGUUACGAGUACCCCUUUAAGGAUGGACGAAACUUCUUCCAGGGCUCCCUCGUAGACAUUGAAUACGAAAAGAAAAUGGCUGGCCUCUUUAAUCUGUACGACUCGUUGAAAUGCAGAACACAGGGUGUCUCCAUGGUGAUAAGCAAUACCAUUACUUUGGUUGUCAUGACAACCAUGGCCGUCUUGAGCAAGAGUCUUUGACUUUCGUUGUAACACAUUUAUCUAAAGUCCUGCCAAACCAUUUCAUUAUUGAUAUUAAUUUUAUCAUUUCACAUUUCAUAUCCAAGAAAGUGGAGUACCUGAUUUAUAUGACUGUGUAUGGACGUCAUCAUAAUUAAUAUGUAUGCAAUGUGCAAUUGUAUUGGACUCUUCUUUUCAAAAGUAGGGUUCAUUUACAAAUUAUUUUUUCAUACAGAUUUUACUUUUAUUUGUUUUAUGUAUUUUUUUUUACCUCUUUGUUAUGUUUCAAUUGUGAGGAAAAGUUGACUUUAUACUUGUGAGAGAUUUUUCUCUAAACAAAUCAAGACAAGCAUAAUUUAUAUUUAUAACGAAAUCCAUUCCAACAACAUGUUAUAUUCUUUUAUUUCAUUCAUUCAACAUGAAAUUCAGCAUUGAUCAAUGAAAUCCAUCAAGUUUUGUUAGUGUAUUAUACAUAUGAAGUAUUUAUGCAAUAAACAGUGUAUUUACAUUUGA